AUGUCUACUUUUUUUAUACGACAGGGAACUGAUGCUGUAGAAAAUGCGAGUGAAUUACUAGAUCUCAUAAUCAAUCAACUACAAGACAAAUCAAAGACAUUAGCUGAUGAGUAUUCUUUGCUUGGAAAAGGAUUUCAAGAUACAGUUCAGCCUUGGGCACUCGUAUUUUGCAAGGAUAUAGAAUCUAUCGAGAGAAUGUUCAAACAGAAACUAGAUGAAGAGAAUGCUGAAAGUCAGGCGGAGCAAAGAAGAUGGCUGGACUUGAUACGCAUUUGCCGAGUUGAAACAACGCAUCAGCUUCGUGCUGUACUCUGUGGAAUCCAUAUAGAGCCUUCGAGGGAAGAAGAGUCGAUCGAUAUCUUGCGGUGGAUGUAUGAACACAAGGAUGGACAACCGCCAAGUAUGGUCAUCGUGAUUGAUCUAUUUGGUAUCAUGUUGAGUAAUCAAUCGAACAAUGAACAUAGCGAAACUCUACGCUAUUUGACUAUAGAUUUCAAUGAACUAAGUCACAUAUUACUGAAUUUAGUUGAAACAAGUACCUUUUUAAGUAAAAGAGGACACAAAAUUUGGCAAAACGCUACCAUGGAACCUGUCGUCAUGGAGACUCAAUUAAUUAUUACAGACCGCGGAAGAAUUCCUCAUGAAGAAAAUGUUGAAGAAACAAACCAAGUCAACUUUAUAAAGAAGUUAUACCAUAUUUUGACCUAUUUUAUCGAGAACAUCAUCUAA